CCAUAGCUUUGCACAACCAUGGGUGGCAACGCCACUCAGGUGAGAGAACGAGCAGCCUGCAGGCCAAGCAAAUCGCGUGAAUCACGGCGUGAAUCAUCGUGUGUGCUGUCUGUCUGCGUGUGAUUGUGUUGUCCUUCGCUUUGGUGCAGAUGAGUGAAAUGGCAACGAGGGAUCAGCUGCUCAAACAGAUUGAGGCCUAUCAGACCAAUCAGGCCAGGGUAUCUGACCGACACACUCACUCAGUCACUCAUUCAGUGCAUCCGUCGCUCGUCGGUUGCUUUGUGUUGUUUGUGUCUGCUGUGGUGUGCAGGUCAACAAUUGCAUCGGCCGACUCACUCAGAUGGACACCGCUAUGAUCACACCACUGGUGCGGACAGACUGCCACACACAGCACAAAGGCCUCUGUGUCAUGAUGCUCUCGUGUGAUUCGUCAGAUGGUGGCCAAUGUCAGUCGUCAACUCGCCAACGAAUCGGCCCGUCUGGCCCAGCUGGCGGACAAUAUCGACUCGACCAUCGCACUCACAACACACACCCGGACACAGGUCAGAGAGAGACCACACAGACACAGACACAGACACACACACACAGAGCUCCAUGUGUGUCUUUCUGUGUGUCGUCAGGCUCAGCGAUUGCACCUGUCUGACAUUCCCGCCGAGCCGAUCAGCAUCGUCCUCGCACAAUCUGACCUCAUGACCGUCGCCCGACUCAAGGCGACAGCCCGCCACUUCAGAAACGCCCUGCGGCCCAUCAGCCGCCGUAUUCGGCUGCGGAAGGCCAUCAAGCGGGCGGGGGCGGGCGGUGUGGUGCAGUUCGACGAUCAGCUGAGCCACGGCGAUGUGAUGAAGGCCAUGUGCGUGAUGGAGGAGGGGGGCGAGAGCGGCUGGGGGGAGGUGGCCGACACACUUAGACUUUCCGAGCAUUGGGGCCAUUGCCAGCUGCCCGUCACUGUGGGUGCCAGAGAUCUGCAGACACACGCCACCAAGGCAGUAAGAGCGAUACACAUGAGAAGAGGCAAUGAGUGAACGGCUCUCUCUUUGUGUCUAUGUGUGUGUUGGGUGCAGGACUACUCAUCGCUGCCCCGUUUCUGUGCGCAGUGGAUGGUCGUCGGCCGCCAUGUGGCCCUCCGUCGCCCCACUGCCCAGCAAGACGGCACACUACAGCUGUUCCGCCACAGCAACGAGAUUCGCCUCAUCCGGAACGAGCCCAACUUCGCCAUCACUAUCAACCCGCCCCUCCACCUCCCCAACCGCCCCGUCCAUCCCUUCUCGCAGCACCCCUUUCAGCAGCACGCCAAGCCACACGACCCGCCCGUCCGCUGCCGCAUUCUGUGGGAUGAUGGUGUGGGCUGGACGACGGCAGGUGUGAACAACGGGUGUGUUUCCGCAUCGGCGAGUUCUCUGCUGAAGGUGCUCAUGCUGGUUCACCGAGGGAUGGCCGUGGGCGGCAUCUCUCAGUCGCCACUAGUGGCAGUAGACCGGUAAGUGGAUGGAUGAAGAGGGCAGGUCGCUCGUGGUCUGUGUCAAACGUGUGUGUCUGUGUGUGUCAGGAGUGUGCGUGGCGGUUAUCUGGAUCGUAAGCUGACCCGGCCGCCCCACACGCCCCUUGACGAGUGCUCACACGUGAUGACAUGGGAGGCGGUCGGUGGGAUGUGUAGGCAAUCGCAUCUGCUGACGUCGGAUGACCCCUUCGUCGCAUGGAUUACCUUGGGCACCCCUCAGGCGACAACCAGAACGGUACGCUUACACAUAAAGAAGGAGCAACUCGACAACACCCCCAUGCUGUCAUGGUGUCUGAUUUUGUGCUCAUGGCUGCGUGCAGUGCACAUCAUCAUCCGGACCACCGAGGCGCCAGCGGCAGGUGUGGCCAAUGACGCGCCCUUCGCACAGCGGUUCCCACGGACAGCUGCCAAAGUGCGUCGCGCCCUCGGCCCCAUCGCCUCCAUCGUCCUCGACGGCCAGGCACCAUAGACAGAACGUUAGGGCCACACACAUGACGCAGACGACCUGAUGUGUGUAUAUGCUGUUGUAUGUUGGUGUGUGUUCCACAGGGCGGCUGGCUGACGUCAAGGAAAGACACACAAGUAGCCGACUGUCUGGCUGGUGGGUGGGUGUGUGGACUGGGUGCUGCAUGAUGGGUGCUGCAUGAUGGACAGACAGAUGCUUGCGGGCGCAAGGUCUGGGCGUGAAG